AUGACAAGCACAGCAGCUACAACAUCAACAACAACCACCCCACCCUUCCAAUUCCCCCUCACCUACUCCUUCCCAGCCUUCUUCACCCCCCAACCCAACAGCACGACACGCACCUCCCAACUCCAGAAAUGGUCCUCCCUGAUCCAAUCCUGGUGUCGGCAUCACCGCGUCUACCGAUUAUCGUUAAUCGAAGCCAUCGAGUCCCCGUUAUUUCAUAAUGCGACGCUCCGGAAGCGCAUAUCGAUGAGCGAUGCGCGGGAUAUUCUAGACUGGAUGGCGAAGAGUGAAGAGGAAGGUGGGGGUGGGAAAAGAGCGGAAUGGAUUGAUGGUGGGAGUAAGAGUGUGGCGUGGAUUUGGUGGAAGAGGCCGGAGGAGUGGGCUGGGUUGAUUGCGGAUUGGGUGGAGAACACAGGCCAGAAAAAUGUGGUGCUUACGGUUUAUGAGUUGUUGGAAGGGGAGGCUACAAUGCCGCAGGAAUGGCAUGGGAUGGAUCCCGAUGUGAUGCACAAGUCCCUCAACGUUCUCGUGAAACGGGGCAAGGCGCAGGUCUUCGGUAGCGAGGGCCAGGAGGGUGUCAAGUUCUUCUAA